CUCCUUCGUGGGGCGUGCUCGCUCCUAGAAUCCUAGGGUCCGCUUCUGCGUCACCGAUCGGUAGUAAGCACAGUCUCCCACACCCCAACUCCAACACAGAGUCACCGCACCGCCGCGUCUAGGUCACCGCCAUGGCCGGGGACUGGCAGGAGCUGGGCCAAGCGGCGGCCAUCGGCCUCCUCUUCGCCUUCCUGGUCGCCAAGCUCAUCUCCACCGUGAUCGCCUUCAAGGAGGACAACCUCCGCAUCACGCGCUCCCCUCCGACCUCCCCCACUGCCGCCGCCGCCGCAGCCGCGCCUCCCGUCCCCUCCCACUACGGCUCCACCGACGGAGGCAGCGGCAGCGACAGCGACUGGGAGGGCGUGGAGAGCACCGAGCUCGAUGAGGAGUUCAGCGCCGCCUCCGCCUUCAUCGCGGCCUCCGCCGCCUCCGGCACCAGCGUCCCCGAGGAAGCGCAGCUGCGCCUCUACGGCCUCUACAAGAUCGCCACCGAGGGGCCCUGCACCGCGCCCCAGCCGUCCGCGCUCAAGCUCAAGGCCCGUGCCAAAUGGAAUGCUUGGCAUAAGCUGGGUGCUAUGCCUACAGAAGAAGCUAUGCAAGGGUACAUCACAAUUGUUCAGGACCUAUUCCCUAACUGGGAUGCAGGUGCAAGUGCGAAAAGGAAAGAUGAAGAUAGCAUUGCUUCCGCAUCAGCUUCAAAGGGGCCCAUGGGACCUGUGUUUAGCAGUUUAAUGUAUGAGGAAGACGAAGGAAAUGAAUCAGAACUUGGUGACAUCCAUGUUUCAGCAAGGGAAGGGGCGACUGAUGACAUAGUGAAGCUUCUGGCAGCUGGUGUUGAGGUCAACGUGAGAGAUACCGAAGGUAGAAGUCCGUUGCACUGGGCUGUUGAUCGUGGCCAUCUUAGUGCUGUCGAGGUUCUUGCAAAUGCAAAUGCAGAUCUGAAUGCUAAGGACAAUGAAGGGCAAACGGCACUCCACUAUGCUGCUGUUUGUGAAAGAGAAGACAUUGCAGAGUUGCUUGUCAAGCAUCAUGCUGAUCUUCGGAUCAAGGACGAGGACGGGAACACGGCACAUGACUUGUGCCCUUCGAGCUGGUCUUUUAUGAACCAGGCAAACUGAUAACACGAAUAUACGGAUAUGCUUGAAGGUGUCAUCUGCCAAGAAACAUGCUAGCUGUAUCCUAAAGCCCAUACGGCACAUAUGGUGUAUCUUAGUGUCAUGUGUGACGUGUGGGAAAUCAGGCAGGUUGUUUGCGUACGUGGUGCCCUCUCUGAAAUCAGAUGAGUUGUUUUAUCGUCCUCAUCGAACCAGUUGUCAAAGGAUAGUAUUAGUGUUGGGAAGAUACAUGUAUUGCUUUAAUCAAAAGAAUCAUGCUGGACACCAAUGCAAGCCCAAAUGGGAAGAAAAGGAUGUGCGGACA